AUGGCAGACCAAUUUCAAGCGAACCGAGCCCCGGGCCCUGGCGCAGCUGGACCUCCUCCCACAGCUGCCGGUGCUAAAGCUCGACAAUUUGAAGAUGAGAAGAGGCGGAUCACUGCUUCGUGCUUUUCAAAACCUGAUGUCGAUGGUGCUCUCCUAGAAUCUUACAUCACGCAUUGCAGAGUUAUCGAGGAUGGAGCCUCCCCAUCGUCCCCACCGCUAGCAGAUGGCCCUCGCGAUCAGAAAAAGUCCAGGGUGAUUGUCGUUGCCGUGCGGAAGACUGGGCGAGUUCGCAUGCACAAAGCUCGUGAGAAUCCGAACGGUGGCUUCCAGAUUGGAAAGACAUGGAAUUUGGAUGACUUGUCUGAGAUAGAGAAUCACAUCGCACCGUUCGAGAAGGGAUUCACUGUCACUAUUAUUAAACCUUACUAUUGGCAAGCCAAUUCGAGUAAAGAGAAGGAUUUUUUUAUCUCGUCGCUGCUUAAAAUUUACAAAAAGUACACGGGCGGGAAAAUUCCAACUUUGAUCGGUUUUGGAGGGACAGAGGUCGAUAAGAUGUUGGGUGGUGCGGCUUCUCUGCAGGAAAGUCAGAGGGAUGAUACAGGGGGAGCUUCGCCAGCUGGUCCCUCGCCUGUGUCUCCGGGUCCCUCACAGUUUUCUUCGUCACUCAAACCGACACCCCUUCGCAAUCUCACCUCAGCUGUCUCUAUGGAUAAUAUGGCAUCACCAGGAAGACAACCAUCGCCAAGGAAUAAGGGGAUUGACGGACUUCGCACUGGCCCCGGCCCUUUACGACCAUCGCAGUCAAGUGAUCCCCUUCCAAGUAGUAGUAGAAGACCGCCCGAUUUGGCCCCCGGGAGUCGGAAUAUAUCUGGAGCUUCAGCGUACUCGACCGCUUCAGGAGCAGCUCUCGGCGAUCCUUCACCUCCCCCUAUACCUCCACAAGGACCAGGAAGGCGGCCAUCGGAUGGAUCUUCGAGGUCUGGUAGGGAUCGGUCUGGGACCAGGGGAGCUCCUGUAGAGGACGAACGAGGAAUUCGUCGUAUGCCAUCGUCUGAGAGAAUGUUCCGUACCCCUUCCGCUUCUAGUCACCAAUCGCGAGAGGCUAUAGACCAGUAUCCCUACGGCGGUGGUAAUAGAGGACCACCUCCUCCAGCAGCUCCCCCCGAGCCUUCUCUACUGAUUGACGCACGUGGUGUAGCCAAGAAAAUGUCCAGCAAAGACGUAGCGUCGCAAUUCCGCUUGGCAGCAAAUACAUACGCUGCAGGAGGAAUGAUGGGAGACCGAAGGCAGCGACCAAAAACUCCUACAACACCGACCGCCAUGUCCAGAACACCCUCUCAGGAUCCGGGUAGACAGGAGGAGGUGCCAAAGAUCAAAUAUCCAGAAGAGCGCAAGGAUCGGGACGCACGUGGUGGGAAUGGGUCAUAUGGUACCGCAGGUGCGCCGGGUGAACGUAGACGUUCACCUUCCAGAACUCGUGAUCUCCCGCCACCAUCAUCCAACCAGAGGUCUCAAGAAAAACAAAUGGAGCCACCGCUAAGAAGCGAAGUUCGGAGAGCUACUCUUACACCUAAAGACAAACCUCCGGUAUUGUCUUCCCCUACACCGCGAAACGCGUCCCCUGGCCGGCCAAAGCAUGAUUCAUUGGAAAUUCCUACGGCCUCGGGGAGGUCCACAUCGCCAGAUGGACCAGGUGAUGUUGGCGAACGGGGUGAGAGAAGUAGAUCGCGAUCACCAAAUACUAAGGGUAGGAAGCGUAAAUCGGUCAAAUCCUCUUAUCUAAAUGAUGUAGAUACUUCGCGGGUGACUGUUGAUAUUGAAGACCUGUUAAGAGAAUUCAAUUGGGAUCCACAAGGGAAGGUCGAUGCUCUGGAGACAAAGAUUCGCAAAGAUAUUGCGGAGGUGGAGGCUAAGGAUGUUAUCGUGAAUACUGAUGGCGAUUCCAGGAUUGAGGAGUUAUCCAGCCUCCUUGAUAAGGCGAUUCAGGAAUGUGAUGAGAUGGAUUCACUGUUGACUCUAUAUGCCGUUGAACUAACCAGCUUGAAUGAUGACAUCUCUCACAUCGAAAACCAGUCCCAAGGCCUCCAAGUCCAAACUGCUAACCAGAAGACCUUGCAGCGUGAGCUGCAGAAUCUCAUGUCUAUCAUAUCCAUUGUGCCGCAACAACUUGAGGUGCUCAAAUAUGGACCGUUAGACUCCCCUCAAGCUCUACAGUCUAUUGAGGACACUCUGCUUGCUCUUUAUAAGGCGAUGACAAUUAUUGACCCUAAGAUGGCGCGACAUGCUCCCGAGUCACCUGUCGGGGAUGGCCGAAGAGGUUCCUGGAGUGAUGAGGGCAUUGGCUCUAUGAAGGCUCUUCAAGAGCGAAAGGAGGGGUAUCAAAAGGAUGCCCAGUUAUUCCUGGCAAGAAUGAAACAAUUCAUGACCAUCAAAUUCGGGGCAGAGGUCGUCGAGCUUGCAAAGAACUCGAAGAACAGUCCGAUGAGUCCUGGGCAACCAAGAUUGCUAGGACACGAUAGCGCCUAUAUGGCUCUUUACAAAUUCUCUGGAUUAAUUGCCUUUACCAAAGACGCUGACUUGGAGGAAUACUACGGGUUGCAAAAGCUCUACGAGAAACCCGUCUCAGGCUUAUUCCAGGACGAAUUCAGGGAGCACGUGCUAGCGUGGAAGAAGAUCACCAAAAAGCCCAUCUCGGAUGAAGUAGAUCUACUCUUCACCGCGCAAGAGAAAGAGGCUGACAAUGUCGCUGUAACGGCUGCUCGAAAAUUGACCGUCAAACGGUCGCAAACCUUGGCAAAAAUCAGGUCGCCAACCAGUGACCACUCCAAAAACAAGAAUCAAGAUGGAAUAAUCAAUUCACAUGAGGCUUUCGCAGGAGCCCUGGCAGAGAUGUAUAACCUAAUACUAAGAGAGCAGAAUUUCGUGGUUGAGUUCUUCCAAAUGUCGUCACAGCUGCCACAAGACUUUUCUGAGUUUCUCGCGAACUCGCCGGCGGCGGAGCACCGGAAGAUUAGGGAUCUCAGCGGGUUGAAGCCUGCUGAGACGGACAAGGCGAAGGCGAAGAUGGUGUCGGAUUUUAUGACGGAGCUGUUUGGGUUCUUAUCCCAGGAUUUGCAGAGUCUUAUUGAGUGGGCUAUUAGAAUGGACCCUUUACAGGGCGUUGGUGUGCUGUAUGCACUUGAGACGAAGAUGGCAGCUCUCCUAGAUACGGAUCAGGAGUUCUUGCUCAAGAUGUUGCAGAAAUUGCACGAUCGUCUUGCAGGGUUGUUUUCUAGGUUUCUGGAUGAUCAGGUCAAGGCCAUUGAAGAGAAAAAGGUUAAGAUUAAGAAGAGAAAGGGCGUUAUUCCAUUUAUGAAGGUGUUCCCAUCCUUUGCUAGCAGAAUCGAGGAUCAACUCCCCGCUGAGGUCCCCGGGUCCUCCACAGACCUUGACAUCCGUGACCUAGUCAAUGACGGCUACGAGCGUAUUAAUAAAGCCAUGUUUGAAUCUCUGCACGCAAUUGCGAAGGAGAGCCCGACAGUCACAAGCUCCAGUCUCGACCCAGAAGACAAGGAGCAGCUAAACUACCACAUAAUGAUGAUCGAGAACAUGCACCACUACCUGGAAGAACUGCCCUUGAACACCACAAACCCCAUUCUCACGCUCUUCAAGACUCGCGCGGAACGCGAUCUCGCCGAACACCUUGGCCUCUACACCUCCUCCGUCAUUCGUCGUCCGCUAGGCAAACUCUUAGAUUUCGUCGAGAGCGUGGAAGUCAUACAGCGGAACGGCGCGGACGACAUCCCCUCGCGCCAAUCCCACUCGAGACAAGUCUUCAAGAAGGCGCUAACGCAUCACGACGGGAAGGAAAUCCGCCGUGGUAUCGAGACACUGAGGAAGAGGGUUGACAAGCAUUUUGCUGCAGACGGCGGGGAUGAUGAUGCCGUGUUGGUGGACCGUAUCCUGGCCGCGCUGGAGAAAGAGUUUAUAGAUGUGCACCGACGUACGCAGAUUUUGACCCAGACGGUGUAUAAAGAGGCGGGUCUAGAGAUGGAGUUUUUGGUGGCGGAUGUGGUUGGAGGGUUUAAGAAGCAGCACUAGUUGUGUUAGAACAGAUAGAGGGGGGGAGAAGGGGCGGUGUUUUUUAUUUCAUUUUACUUUAUUUUAUUGAGGGAGUUUGAUUUCGCUGUAUUCAUGGCUUUUUUUUUU